UUGGAGCCUGGCUGUUUUAGCUUGGGGUGUCAUCUUCGCCGGUUGGUCCCAGUUCCCCCUCGGCGUUUUCAGGGCCAGCCUACCUCGCCCCUUUGCGCCAUGACCACUACCACCACCUUCAAGGGUGUAGACCCUAACAGCAGGAACAGCUCCCGGGUUUUGCGGCCUCCAGGUGGUGGGUCCAAUUUUUCAUUAGGUUUUGAUGAGCCAACAGAACAGCCUGUGAGGAAGAACAAGAUGGCUUCUAACAUCUUUGGGACACCUGAAGAAAACCCCCCAUCUUGGGCCAAGUCAGCAGGCGCCAAGUCUAGUGGUGGCAGGGAGGAUUCGGAGUCGCCUGGAACACAGAGAAGUAACUCUUCUGAAGCAAGCUCUGGAGAUUUCUUAGACCUCAAGGGAGAAAGUGAUGUGCAUGAAAAUGUGGACACAGACUUCCAAGCCAGCCUGGCGCAGGUGGAAGAGAAGCCGGUGCCCGCUGCUCCUGUGCCCAGCCCCGUGGCUCCGGCCCCAGCGCCAUCCAGGAGAAACCCCCCUGGCGGCAAGUCCAGCCUGGUCUUGGGUUAGCUUCUUCUGUUGGAACUCUGUCCUUCUGUCUGUUUGUUUCUUCCAUGCUUGUGAACUGCACAACGUGAGCCUGACUGUACAUCUUUCGGAUUUGUUUCAUUAAAAAAGAAGCACUUUAAAAAAAAAAAA